AUGGAAGCUACAAUUGCCCCUGAAAACCUACGGAAUAAAUGGGAUGUAUAUAGGAGGACAAGUUUUAUUACCAGCACGUCAGCAGAUGCUCCCCGAUUAGAAUUUUACGUAAAGAAAGGAAUUAAUCUUGCAAGCCGAGAUAACUAUGAUCCAUUCUUAGUGGUUUGGUCUUUCAACCGAGCAAGUCCAACGUCCGAUAAUUACACAAGUAGAAAAUUAAAAUCAAAACCUGCAAAAUCAUCUCCUAAUCCAGAAUGGAAAGAAGUGUUUGAGAUUUCAGUAUCAUGCGAUGAGAAUGGCAUACCGAUUGAUACAAUUACAAUCUAUGUUUGGGAUAGAGACAAUUCUAAAAUGGAUGAUUUUAUGGGAUGUGCUGACAUUCCACUAACAACAAUUACUAGAGAAAAAGAAAAUGUAUUAAUACUUCCUCUUGAAGGUGUCGAGAGUGGUCAAUUAGAAAUUGUUGCCUUCCCUCACAAUUUUGGAAAAGAAGAAGUCUUGGAUAAUUCAAAAAUUGAAAUUUCAGCCUAUUUCAAUUCUUCACUUGUUGAAAAUUUAGCUGUUGGAAAAGCACCAACCAUCAAAAAUGUUUCUAGCUUUUUGUCAAACAAGAAAAAGGAUUCGAACAAAAUUAAUAAUCGAUAUACAAUUGUUAAGAAUUUAGAGAAGGGAGGUUUUGGACUUGUCUAUCUUGUGAAAGAUGAAAAGACGGGUGAAGAAAAGGCAUUAAAGAAAAUUAUGUGUAAAACGUUAGAAGAUGCCAAUAGAGCCAUUAAGGAAGCAUGGCCAUUCAAAAGUCUUGUUCAUGAAAAUCUUGUAUUAUAUGAAGACAUGUUUUUGGACGUGGAGCAACACAUGGGAGAUGUUUCAUUUUAUGUGUGUUACAUCAUGCCGUACUACAAACAAGGAGAUUUAUAUCAAUUACUUGAAGGAAAACAAAAAAACAAACCUAGAAAGUAUUUGAAACCAGUGGUUUUGGCAAAUUGGAUUGUGCAAAUAGCGAAAGGAAUUGAACAUUUACAUAGUUACAAGGUGUUUCAUCGAGAUUUGAAACAUAAGAAUAUUUUCUUUACCGAACAAUACAAACAACUCAAAAUUGGAGAUUUCGGAUUUGCAAAACAAGUCGAGGAAGGAAAGGCCUACACACAACUCGGUUCUGCCGGAUACAUUGCACCAGAAAUUCAAACAUCCUCUUCUGGUUAUGGCUUGGAAGUUGACAUUUGGAGUUUUGCCGUCAUGUGUUAUGAAAUGAUGACCUUAAAGAUUGGAAAAGAACAAGUGUCUCAUGCAAUUCUUGCACAAUUUAAUUUCGAAGAUUAUUGGAAAAAUGUAGUGGAAGGAGAGAUCAAGAAGGCAUAUCCAGAACCUCAAAUUCACACACCUCUCAUUACUUUUCUGUCUAAAAUUUUGAGAGUAGAUCCGAAAGAAAGAGCAACUGCAUCGGAAUGUGUCCGAAUGGCGAGAGAAAUUAGACAAACUUUUGCUGAGCUGGACCAACAACUAAAAAAGUAA